CCCGAAUUUUAACUCAAUCUUGGGGCUUGCGGCAUUCUCAACGCGUCAACACCAGGAUCCACAGCACAACGCGCCCACGAUGAGCUCAUACAGACCCUCGUAUCCGCCUCGCAGAGGCAAUGGCAGCCACAACAACUCAAGAGACAAUCGCAACCAUGGCCGCUACGAUUCGCGCCCAUCCCAUCAUCCGCCACCACCUGGAGCUGGAGACACCUGGCGCAAUCCGUGGCCUGAGGACCGCCGCAGAUCCGGAGCCUUCGAUGGCUACAGACCCGAUACCCGCCCACCCCAAGGCGACUUCACCUUUCGGAUGGAUAAGCCCUCUGGCGUAGGCGAGGCCGCCACAGGAGAUUCAUAUCGUCCCUAUCAGGGAAAUGACCGGCGAAGGGCUGGACGCGCCCGUGGCGGACCCUUCCGUGGUCGCGGACGAGGCACAUAUCAGAAGAUCAUCCCGGCCGAGCGUGAGCUCUUGCGCGCCCGUCGCGAUGGCGUCGAUGACGAGAACCUGGUCGCCGAGGGCGAUGGCGGCAUAGUCUAUAGAGAUGUUGACGAGCUGUCGGAUGACGAAGAGGCUGAUAUGGAAAUUUCUGACAACUCGGACGGUGAAUCGGGCGAGCCUUCCACCAAGCGCGCCCGCCGCUCGGGCAACGAUGAAUCGGGCAACAGCAUUCCCAAGUGGUCCAAUCCCGACCCGUACACGGCCUUGCCCCCACCCGACGCUGCCGAGCGCAAAAAGAAGGAUAUGGUGAAGAUGAUUCGGAAGGCGCGAGUGGACGAGACUGCUGCCGACAAACUCGCUGCCAGCACGGAAGCAGAAGAGUUCAUUUCCUUCGAUCUCGACGAACCUGGCGGCAACGACAACGGCAACGCCGACGAAGAAGAAGAAAUUAUCCUCCCGCCGUCCGAACCACCCUCUCCCCCCUCUCCUCCUCCUCCUCCGCCGCCUUGUCCUGCACCCCCUGCGCAGUCGUCUCACGGCAUCGCUAGAGAACCUCCUUCUGGCCCCCGCGCAGAUCGCGACAGCCGACCUGCCCCCAACGCAUCGGCCGCCUCGACAGCACCGUCUACGCCCGCCAAUAAGCCCUCGAGCCUGCCCCCUAAGCCCCUCGUGGCCGACGACGCUUUAGGCUCGCGGAAGCGCACCGCUGACGACCACAUCAAGCCUCCUACGUACGGUCCUCUGAAGAAGGUUAAUAGGAUGCCUGUCGGCGGCGCUAUCUUGCCAGAGUGGCAGGUCACCAAGGAUGAGGACCCCACCCCCUGGAUCCAAGCCGAUCAUUCCAAGACUUCUGACAUGAGCGUCUGGCUUCAUAAGGAGAUUGUCGACUUCUACGAGGUUGUUCGACCCCGUGACUUCGAACAUGAGAUGCGAACCCAGCUUGUGGAGCGACUCCGCAGAUCCCUCAGAACAAGUCAGUUCUACAAGGACUGUGACGUACGACCCUUUGGGUCUUACAUGUCGGGCUUGUAUUUGCCUACAGCCGACAUGGACUUGGUUGUCUGUGCGCAGAGUUGGCUUAAUGGCGCUCAUUCAAACUUUUUCGGCAUCAGGGCGCUGAGAGGAUUUGGCAAGUUCCUCUCCCAAAAGAAGAUCACCCACUACAACAGUAUGGAGUUCAUUGCCAGCGCCAAGGUGCCUCUUGUGAAGUACAUCGACAGCAUCACUGGCCUCAGAGUCGACAUCUCGUUCGACCGCCUUGAUGGUCCUCAAGCUGUCAAGACGUUCGCUGAGUGGAAGGAACAGUUCCCGGCCAUGCCCAUCCUCGUCACCAUGAUCAAGCACUUCCUCGCCAUGCGUGGCUUGAACGAGCCCGUCAACGGAGGCAUUGGUAGCUUCACCGUGACCUGUAUGGUUGUCAGCAUGCUGCAGCUCAUGCCCCAGGUCCAGAGCCGUAACCUCAUUCCUGAGCACCACCUCGGUGAAAUGCUCAUGGAGUUCUUCGAUCUUUAUGGAAACAGGUUCGACUAUGUCAACACAGCAAUCCGCAUGAAGCCCCCGGGAUACAUGCACAAGGCCCGAGUCCGUGAAGUCGUGUACAAGAACACGGAUCGCAUUUCCGUCAUUGAUCCUAACAACCCUGCCAACGACAUCUCUGGCGGCUCCAGCAAUGCCGGCCGAAUCCUGGAAGAGUUCAGCAUCGCCCACAGCAUGUUGAAGCAGAGAAUGAACGAGCUUACCCAGCAGAGCUCCCGCGCCAAGAGAUCUGCCAGCAUCCUCGAGACCAUCUACGCCGGCAACUACUCUUCAUUCCGUCUUCAACGCGCGCAUCUUCGCAAAUUGUACGACGCCAGAUGACGAAGCAGUAUCAUCAGUCUUGUGUGAGAUUGUCCGAGAUUGCCGUUCAAACUAUUGACACAGGGAGGCUGUGGACUUGACAUGAUCCGUCGGAAGGAAACGAAUUAUCUCAGGGUACCGGAACCAUUGCUUUCAUUGCUUAAAGGGGAGGAAGCAGCAAAGCUCCAGCUUGGAGACGGAGUCAAGGAGAGGCGGCUAUUUCUUUCAUACGAUACCCACUCCACCAUUUCCCCUUGUCAUCGGACUCGGGGUUGAGCCGUCGAGCCGAACUUGGGCUUUAUUUUUCAAGUUCUCACUUUGUUUUGUGCUCAUUUUUCAUUUUUUGUCGUCCGAAACGAGUUGUAUGAUAAAUCGUGGAGGGUUUGGGGCGGCCACAAGGAUUGACAUUGCAGGCCCGGUCUCUUCCGCGUCGUGCGCGUAUCUCGCCACACAGCCGCCCCCUUCUCAAGUCUCUGCACCAGCUACCACAGCAUCGGGCCCAGCCCUAGUGGGCGUCUCUCAAAUGAACAUGGACUUUUCUUCUUC